CAAUCCAGAUUUUUGACAUUUUUAAAAAACGGAGUCAUCUAUAACUUGAGAUAAACUGUAGAUCUGCACGAGAGAGGACUUGCGCUCGUGCCUUAAGUGUUUGUGACGUCAGUGAGUGUGUGUAUAAAAGUGUGUGCGAACUGAUGGGCUCUCAUCAUCUUCAGCAGCUGCUCGCGGAUCUUCACACUCUUCUGACUUCUUAUUCUUCUUCAUGUUCUCUGUGAAAAUGUCUCGUGUGUUUUCGGCGCUUCUGCUGGUGUGUGUGUGCGCGUGCAGUGUGUGUGUGAGCGCGAGCCGGGCAGAUUUACCGAGAGAAUUCGGAGUGAAACUUUGCGGUCGCGAGUUCAUCCGAGCGGUUAUCUUCACGUGCGGAGGGUCCCGGUGGAGAAGAGCAACAACACACAGCGGCGAGAUGUCACUGGAGAGACGCGAUGAGUUCAGCGUGAGUGAAGACGCGCCGCUUCUCUCAGACCUGCUGCGGCUACAGACUGACGCGCGCGUCGCGACGCUCUUCUCCUCGCGCCCGGAGCGUCGAAAGCGGAAUUUCUCGCUCGGACUGGCGGGAUUGUGCUGCAACCAGGGCUGUACGAAACACGACAUCGGGCGCCUGUGCUGAGUCCGCUCACACAUCAACUCUCUUCAACUGUCUCUCUAUUUAUUUCAGCUCUUCCACGUGAAUAAAUGUGAAUGUAUUAAAACACACGAACAAGCGUCCAGGUGUCUUAGUGCCGCUUUCAUGUGUGACUGAUUGUUUCUUCAC